AUGUACCGUGAGAGACAGCUGAUCCACUUGCACGUUGGCCAAGCUGGAGUUCAAACCGCCAAUGCACUGUGGGAACUCUAUUGUUUGGAGCAUCAGAUUAAACCAGAUGGACGAAAAGAAGCUAGCGCUUUCGAUCAACUUCAGAAAAGGAUCAGUGAUACAAAAACGGCUGGAGCGAAACGUCUGAAUGUGGAAGAUUUGGAUUCUAGACUGAUUGAUACGACGGAAAUGAGAAGUGCAAUAAAGAAACCCGUUCCAGCACCCGGUUCGGAGCUGAAUAAAGCUGUUGAACAGACUCGAGAUUUGGACAACGCAGCCCACGAAACCUUAUUCGAAGUGUCGCCUUUCGGACAGUUUGUACCACGAGCGAUUUUUGUCGAUUCCGAGCCAUCCGUCAUUGGUAGGUGA